UCCCCCUCAGUUCUGUCCAAACAGAACGUGAGCGUUAACCAGUCUGCCUGUUAGAGCGCCGGUCGGUGCUAAACUGAUUCAUGUUGUUUUUUUAGCCACUUGUCCCUUUUAAAGUAGACUAUUGUAUCGAAGAAUGAGUGAUAACGAUGAUAUCGAAGUCGAUAGUGACGAAGACUCACCGAGAUAUCACUGUGUGGCAGACAAACGGGCUCACCACAAUGCCCUGGAGCGCAAACGUAGGGACCACAUCAAAGACAGCUUUCACAGCCUCCGGGACUCUGUCCCCGCCCUGCAGGGAGAAAAGGUUGGUAAAGCUCAGCCUGCAAGUCCUCCAGGCACACGAUGUUCAGGCUCUCAUGCGUCGCGAGCGCAGAUCCUAGACAAAGCCACAGAGUACAUCCAAUACAUGCGGCGAAAAAAUCACACGCACCAGCAGGACAUCGACGACCUGAAGAGGCAGAACGCGCUGCUGGAGCAGCAAGUCCGCGCUCUGGAGAAGGUGAAGGGCUCCGCCCAGCUCCAGGCCAGCUACUCCUCGUCCGACAGCAGCCUGUACACCAACCCCAAGGGCAGCGCCGUGUCGGCGUUCGACGGGGGCUCCGACUCCAGCUCCGAGUCGGAGGCCGAGGAGCCGCCCAACCGGAAGAAGCUGCGCGUGGAGGCCAGCUAGAGGGAGAAAAACAACAACAACAACAACAACCACCACCACCUGGUCCCGGUUGGAGGCGGCACGGGGCGCAGCCCUCAAAGCUCUGGAGGCUCAUCUACCCCUCCCUCCCUUCCUCCCUCGUGCCACCAGCAACCACCUCCGGCCCCCCUCACAGUCCUCCUCCCCGUUGCCCCCCCCCCUCACCCCUCCCCCCUCCCUACGUGGCUGGGCUGACACUGGUGGCUCGUGGCGUCCUCACACCACCGCAAUCGUUUCUCCACCCAAUCUCCCCACAACAGCAGGGUGCAAGAUGGCUGCUUCAACCAAUCUAGAGAGCUGCAGGUUGUCUGCCCCCCCCCCCCCCCCCCCCACUCCCCCUCUUUAAUUUGAUUCUCAGUCAUUGGUAAUCCCCCCCCCCCCGUCAUCUACAAUCCAAAGCCCAGAAAGAGGCAGCUUGGCUAUUUAGGGACUUGGGUGUGUUUUUUUUUGGUACCUUCAAAAAAGCCCCUCCUCCUCCAUCAGGUUUUUUUAAGGGGGGUGGUGCUCCUAGCGUACUCCAAGCACUGCUAUAUUAUGUGGGUUUUUUUUCUUUUGUUAUUCGUAAAAUAAAAUAAAAAUCAGUUCAGAAUUUACACACACAGAGAUAAAUUGUCCAAGAGAAGUUUACCUUUUUAAAAAUGAGAAAUGAAUUUGUAAGAAUGUGAAGACGCUUUGAAGCAAAUGUUAGUGAGACCCACCUCGGCCCCACUGGAUUGCAGAUUAAUUCUGCCCGACACGUUGUGAUCACAAAAUAAAUUAAAAAAACACGACUCCUUUUGUUGAAAUUGAUGUUUUGAAGCCGAAUAAUCCUAAACUUGUAUCGUAUUUUGUCCUUUAGCUUGAAGUAGUGAAUGACUUUAGGUGGCUGAAUACGUUAGGCAUCUCGUUCUAUAUAUUAUUCAAAAGCAUUGAUUGGAUGUUUUUAAGUUCUAAAGUAUGUUAUGCAUUUUUUAGUAAUCUCACGAGUCAUGGAAAAUGCCAAUUUAUCACAUGUAGUUUUCCUUAAGAGUAUGAAAUAGGUAUUGAAUGUCCAAAGGUAGCUCCCAUGGUUUGCAGUACGAGAAAGCAAAAUAAUUCCGUCGAUGUGUCGUGCUUUACACAGUAAAAAUCAAUGUUCCUGAAUCCCCCCCCCCCCCC